AUGGGUUCCACGUUAAGAACUUUUACUCUGAAGAGUUCUCUCCCCAGGAUUUUGUUACUUCUCCAUGAAGACAGGGCUCAGGGAUUGAAGGGUGCCGUAGACACGGAAACAACGCGUGAUUUUGGAGGUGGUGGAGGGAAGGGUGGGAGGAAUGCCGACACCAGUAUCACGAACGGAAUAGGCGCUGUUUGGGAUAAAUGCCCAAGACCAGUGGGAACAGCUAGGACGUCGGCGGGCUCGCUUGUGGCUUCGAGGGGACGUCGGAGCCAGGAGUCCCCGCCAGGAGUUAGACGACACUGGCGUGUGAGGGGCGAGGCGGAACACCAUGCAGGUGGGAGUCGCGGCCUCCAGCGAGCCCGGACACCCCAGCGGGGUCCCUGGCUGGGCCGGAGGCUGAGCACGAUGGGGAGGGCAGCCUACAGGGAAUGUAAAACCUAUCUCCUUAAAAGCAUCAGAGAGAACGUGAUAGUAAACGAUGAGACUAAAAUCAAAGGGAAAGUGGAAAAGCAGGAUCCAAAUGAAGAUACAGAAUGGAAUGAAAUUUUAAGAGAUUUUGGCAUUCUUCCUCCAAAAGAAGAGCCAAAAGAUGAAAUUGAAGAAAUGGUUUUACGUUUACAGAAAGAAGCAAUGGUUAAACCAUAUGAAAAGAUGACUCUUGCACAGUUGAAGGAAGCUGAAGAUGAAUUUGAUGAUGAAGAUAUGAGAGCUAUUGAAAUAUAUAGAGAAAAGCGGUUACAGGAAUGGAAAGCUCUUAAGAAAAAACAAAAAUUUGGGGAAUUAAGAGAAAUUUCUGGAAAUCAGUAUGUGAAUGAAGUCACAAAUGCAGAAAAGGAUGUGUGGGUUAUAAUUCACCUAUACAGAUCAAGCAUCCCAAUGUGUUCGUUGGUUAACCAGCAUCUUAGUCUCCUAGCAAGAAAGUUUCCUGAAACUAAAUUUGUUAAAGCCAUUGUGAAUAGCUGUAUUCAACACUGCCAUGACAAUUGUUUACCAACAAUUUUUGUUUAUAAAAAUGGUCAGAUAGAAGGCAAAUUCAUUGGAAUUAUAGAAUGUGGAGGGAUAAAUCUCAAGCUGGAAGAACUUGAAUGGAAGCUAGCAGAAGUUGGAGCAAUACAGACUGAUUUGGAAGAAAACCCCCAAAAAGUCAUUGUAGAUGUGAUGGUAUCUUCAAUUAGAAACACUUCUAUUUAUGAUGACACUAAUAGCUCAAACAGUGAUAAUGACGAUACCAAAUAG